AGUCCUUGUGUACGCAUUGUGGGUAUACGUGUAUCGAUUGUGUAAGCAAACAGUCGACUCGGCGGUCUAUGUGUUACGUUCGACAGCAUCGGAGCGUUCUGGACCAUAUACUCGGGGUACGUAACAACACAGGUGUCUUAAGAUCGGAAGUCGGAGCUUUUAAAUUCCAUAAGUUGUGACAGACAAGAUGAACUAAAAGACAAAUAGACUGUUUAAACUAUCAUAGAGGUGUCGGAUUUGGAGCAUUUCCUUACAGUAGCUCAAACUUGUGGACCGCCAAUAGGCUACGGUACCGACAUAGUGAAAUACCAGUAAUCUGUUACAGUAAUCCUAUGUAGCGAAUGGGCUUUUACUUCGCUGGAGAGGAAGGUAACCUGUGAUUAUCCUAAACAUAGCAUAUAUUGUGCUGUCUUGUGGUUAACUUUCGAACCCUUGUUAGUUGAUGCCUAAACGUUGGAACCAAUACAUUUCCAUGGGGACUUAAGCGACAGGUGCAAUAUCACAUGCUGUGAAUGAUUGUGUCGACACGGCAACCGUUAGCAGCUGCACAGAGAUAGUUUCCUUUUUGACCUACGACCCUUACCUGAUACAUCGCCAUCAUGGACCUGGCGCAAGACAGUGUCGCCGAGGUGUCUAAAGAUGAACUUUCGACAGAAGAACUCCAGAAACAACGUCGGGAGAAGAAGCCAUUCUUCUACUGUCGUAUCGUCACCAAUCACCCUUACAAAAGCUUCUUUGUGGCGCUUGGCAUACAGAUUGGUAUCGUGAUGACUACCGGUAUCCUCUUCCUCAGUGGCUAUGACCUGUUUCCAACAAGCUUCGACACACUCCCGAUGGAGCUGUAUUCCAUCCCAUACAGACUCCGAGACUAUGCGAACCGGGAUAAAGACAACUACGAUGAUGCAUUCGUACGACAACUCGACAAUACAGGCUUUCCGUCGUGGGAACGAGGCCUACGACAUUCUUUGUCAUCCCUUGAUCUUUACUAUAGCAGCGAGGGUGGAAAUAUAUUUACUCGGGAGACAUUUCAGCUGAUGCAGCAGGUAGAAAAUGACCUGGUAACGGCCUCUGGCUACUCGUCUAGUUGGUGCCAAACCAAUUCCUCUUCUCUCGCUUGUGUCAAUACAGUGUCUAUCCUACGGUAUUUUGACGGCACGUACUCUGGCAUCAGUGCCACGUUCAAUGAUCCUACCUUCAGUAACAUCCCCAGCGUGUUGUAUGAAGCAUACACCAACACACAGACCAAGGCAGACUUCGAGUUUUUCCUCCCAAAGUCCUUCGUUAUUACCGCUACCAGGGCCGAAGGGACGAUAACACGAAGUAUUCUUCCAGUAGGCUGUUCAGUUAGCGGAACCUACUUGUGUAAAAAUAUGAAAAACGUUGUUGGAGACUUUCUACAAGGUCCUAUGAAAGAUAAGUUGGAAAGCUGGAGGGAGAAGCUCACUUCAUUUGACUUCUGGUAUUACAGCUAUAUCCUGUGGAACAAAGACGUAAUUGCACAAGCAAUGACCGACAUGAUGCUUGCCUUGGGCAGCAUGGUAUUUAUUUUUUCUUUCAUGACCUACCACACCAAGUCGUUGUGGAUUGCCGGUUUUGCCAUUAUUAGCAUUAUAACAAGUUUCCUAGGAGGCAACUUGAUAUAUAGAGUUAUUUUUGACUUUCGAUAUUUCGGUUUUUUCCACAUUCUUGCAAUUUUCAUCGCCCUUGGUAUCGGAGCAGACGACCUGUUUGUGUUCUUUGAUGCUUGGCGACUGACGUCUUUUCACUCAUAUCCUUCCCUAGCCCACCGACUGUCAGAUGCCUUUAAUAAAUCCGCUCAGAGUAUGGCUACUACCUCCCUAACCACGAUCGUAGCAUUUCUGUGUAGCGCCAUCUCACCUCUCCUGGCUACCAAGUCGUUCGGGGUGUUUGCUGCGAUCACUAUCUUCUUUAAUUAUAUGUCAGUAAUAAUUUUCUUCCCUUGUGUUGUUACAGUGUAUCAUUUAAAGUUUGAACAUUUUAAGUGGCCAUGUUUUCGUUGUUGUCGUAAGAAAACAUCUGAUAGCAGUGAAAAUGACAAAGUCAACAACAACUCUGUUAAACCGAUGCAGAGCAUAUUCGUUUUAUCUGAUGGGAAAUCGGACAUUACAACAAACGAAAAAAUUGGACAGACUGUACAUAAAGAUCUUGAUGAUUUUCCGCAGAAACAGAAUGGACAAGUGCCCAAUGGGCAUGUGUCUAACGGACAUGUGACUAAUGGGAUAGCCAAUGGCCAUAUGUCCAAUGGAAUUUCUAAUGGUAAAGCCAACACUGUCAACAAGACAGAUGGAACGACUUCUAAACCCAACGACAAACAAACGAGACAAACAGAUAGGAGCAAGGAGAAGAAGUUGGUUAUUUUCUUCCGAGAUUACUACUUCCGGUUUAUCACGCACAGGAUUGCUCGCUGGUGCCUACUUCCUGUGUUUGUUGUUGUUGUCGCAGUAUUUGCCUACCAGGCAUCCACUCUGGAACCAGACAACGAAAAUAUGCAAGUAUGGAAGGAUUCCCACCAUUACAGUAAGGCGAUAGAUGCUGAGCAGUACGACUUCUAUGUGAGUGCGGACGAGAACCUGGUCACGGUACACAUUCUCUGGGGUCUAAAGAAUAAAGACAGGUCCAACUGUCACUUCUCCGAUAUCACUUGUGUGGGCGACAACGUCUACGACGAUUCAUUUGACCCAAACCCAGUCGCAAAUCAGCAGGCCAUCAUGGAUUUCUGUAGUAGUCUGUAUAGUAUGUCUGCUAGCACACUGGCGGAAUACGAGAUCAAGACAGAUUCCAGUGGUAACCCCGAGAUCGCCUGCUUCACCCGGGACCUCACUACAUUCCUAUCGAACAUAACGACGGCCCUGUCCAUUGACGUGUCACUUCCGUGGGACUACACCAAAGUGUCAAAUCUGAUGACCGCAGAGUCUACUCAUUACGAUGUUUCUCAGUUUAACUCCAACUUUCCAAACAUAUUAGAGAUAGCGGUGCAGUACUGGAUGUACAAUGGCUAUGCUAAGACAUUCACAGAUGACUACGCCACAUACAACAGUAUGUUUGGGGAGGAGAAGGGGGCGUGGUCUAAGCAGCUCCUGUCUGACACGUCCAUUUACUACGGUAACAAGAUGAAGUACAUGAUGGUAUCUAUCAACACGACCAUUAAUAGGUUCACCACGGGCUACGCCGAGGGUAUUCCGAAGGUGGAGAGGUGGGAAAACUUCAUACAGUCAGAGGUUGGUAAGAUGCCUACAGGAUUACAGGGAGGUUUCCAGCUUACGCGGAGUAUAUGGCAUUGGCUGUACAUACAAAAGGAGAUGGAGAAGAAUGCUGUGACGGGUAUCGCAGUGGGCGUGUCCCUAGCCUUCCCCAUCCUCUGUCUGUCGACCAUGAACGUCAUAGUUGGCAGCCUUGCCACGCUGUCCAUCUGUUGUACCACUAUCUGUGUCAUCGGGGUCAUUCCAACGGCAGGGUGGAGACUCGGGCUGCUGACGUCAUUAAAUAUGACCAUGCUCGUGGGAUUAGCGGUGGAUUACGUUGUGCAUCUGGCGGAGGGAUACAGAAACUCGCUGCAUAAGGACCGCCUCCACAGAACACGUGACAUGUUGGAGGAGAUGGCCACCUCGGUGUUUUCUGGCGCGUGCACGACUCUUGGUGCUGCUCUCUUUAUGUUUUUGGCGAAAAUAACUUUUUUUAUGCAGUUCGGCAUCUUUUUGUUCUGCACAAUUGGAUUUUCAUUAUUUUUUUCCCUUGGUCUUUUCUCCGUUUUGAUGGGGUUGAUAGGCCCUCAAAAUGACACCGGUUCCCUAAGGCCAAUUUUUAAUUUCAUAAAAAGAACACUUAAAAAAUGUCUAUGUUGGAGGAAAUCAAAAGUCGUGAAUAUUGAGAAUGGAGAUAGCAUCAACAAUACCACACAUCAGAAGUGAACCAGUGAAGGCAGUAUUUUAAUUGCCUUUAGAGAAAUAUUUUUAUACGACAAAGACGUCAGAUUAAUGUAUUUACGGCGUACCACAUAAUGUAUCGCAUCAUUUAUGUUCCUACAGUAAACCUUCAAUACAGUGUGAAGGCUUAAAGAGUAUUCAGGAGUGAAAUAAAAUACAUUGCUGUGACAGUGCUGAUUGGACAGUGUAUUCAGCUGUAAGGUAAAAUAUAUUGCUGCGACAGUGCUGAUUGGACAGUGUAUUUAGAUAUGAAGUAAAAUACACUGCUGUGACAGUGCUGAUCGGACAGUGUUUUUAGAUAUGAAGUAAAAUACAUUGCUGUGACAGUGCUGAUUGGACAGUGUAUUUAGAUAUGAAGUAAAAUACACUGCUGUGACAGUGCUGAUUGAACAGUGUACCGGGCUAGUACUGUAGUACGAGUCAUUAAACAAGACUGUGAUAACCACCACUGCUAACCAUUUGAUAAAUGAGUACGUAUCUUUGUUAUUGUUAAGGGAGUUGUGUUACCAGAAUAUUUGUUAAUCAUUGAUAAAAUCGUUGUGUUGUUGACAUAAUUAUGAAAACUUGUUGAUCGUUAAACAUACUGUUAGUUACUUUAUGACAUGACUUAAAGCAUUAUUCGUCGUUCAUCGCCUGCUAUAAAUUACCGUGCACAUUAUUUGAUCUGUAUUUAGAGAGGAUCUUACAUUAGUGUUCAUGUCAUAUUCAAUCUAUUGAACGAGUUUAAUAAAUUAAAUAUGACAUGGACACGAAUGUAAAAUUGUAUUUAUCACGUAACAUUCAUAGUUUAAAAAAUAAAAAAUAAACCAAUCAUGUUAUACCAGCUCACUCUGUAAAGGUCAAACCCAAAGUGAUCCGAUCAUACUGCUCUCUUGUUUAGCGCAGUGGAAAGUAGUUCCAUAUUAUAUUUUUGAUAAUGAACAGUUUUCAAUGCAAUGAAACUAAUAAUGACAAAAAAGACAUUUCAAAUUCAUUCAGUAGCGAAACAUUGAACUUUAUCAGAAAAAAAUAGUAAUUUAAGCUGAAAAUUUUAGUGGCGUAGUAAUAUGUUCCUACGGAUUUGACCAAUCGCAGCACUUUAAGGUUUUAUAACACGUGUGUAAUACCCUUGUUUAUGACAUAGUAAAAUGGGCCAUAAUACAGGAUUUCGUAUUAAUCCGUUGGCCAAAUCUCCUCGUACAUCCAUGCCAGAUGAGCACAUAAGUGUAAUAGUCUUUUAUACUUAAACAUAUAAUCAUGUUUGUGUCAAUGUACAUCUCUGACGUGUCAUACCUUGUACAUUACUGACAUGUCAUACACUGUACAUCACUGACAUGCUAUACACUGUACAUCUCUGACGUGUCCCACACUGUACAUUACUGACGAGUCAUACAUUGUACAUCAAUGACGUGUCAUACAAUGUACAUCGCUGACGUAUCAUACAAUGUACAUCUCUGACGUGUCAUACACUGUACAUCUCUGACGUGUCAUACCUUGUACAUCACUGACGUGUCGUACACUGUACAUCACUGACAUGCUAUACACUGUACAUCACUGACAUGUCAUACACUGUACAUUACUGACGAGUCAUACAAUGUACA